AUGAGUUCCACACAGGCUGACAUUUACGAUGAGGUGGAGGAAGUGCUAAAGAAGCUGCAAUUAAAAAGCAAAUGUCUUGGUGGUGGAAGAAUUAACCACGAUGCGGAAAAUAAAACUAUAAAAGUUUAUGGAUACUCGCAGGGAUUCGGAAAAGCUGACCAUAAAGUUUCUGUUAAUCUGAUCAAGAAAAAGUAUCCAGACUAUGAAAUUACUUGGUCAGAUGAAGGAUAUUAAAAGCUGCGGAGAAAAAUCAAUUCUGAAUUACUUGGAAAUGUUAAUAAUACGUUUUUUGUAAUUGCACUUUAAAAAUGUGGAAAUAAAAUUGAUUACAUUUGCAAAAAUG